CCCAAGAAGCUAACGCUAGAGAGUGUUCCGGUGUCGAUAACGGUAGUUAUCAGACGCGACGCAACGAGCUGAUUACCCUGAAUUAUACAAGUGUCUAAGAUCCCCAGCUGUCAAUUUGCGGGAAAUUAAUUGUUACAUCUCUGUAACAUCUUGGUUAACGACUGGUUGACUUUGUUUGGCAAGUUUUGACUGCGUUAGCUUGCUAGCAAUAGCUUAAAGAGUUUGCUGUAAAGAGUUAGCUAACUAGCAAAGACAAUGUUUUGGACUGCGGCUCCUCUGCUUGUCUUCAUCUGUCUCCUGGUUUUUACUGGAACCACAUAUGGACAUGAACACGGGCCAGGUGUUGUCAGAGUGGUUGAAGGGAAUGACGCCAUCUUACCCUGCUCUCUGAGCACCAAGGAGGACAUCGUACAGAAGCUCUUUGACUGGAAGAAAGAUGGUCAGAAGGAGGUGUUCCUGUACGAUGCUGGCAGUCAUUACAAUAACGGCCGUCCAGGUCAGGAUGAGCAGUUUAAAGGACGGGUCUCACAUUUUCAGGAACAACUGAAGUAUGGUAACGCCUCCAUAAUAAUCAGAGACACAAAGAUAGAAGACAGAGGAAACUACACCUGUGCUUUUCCACGUCUUAAGCCAGAAGAAAAGAUUUUCAACAUCGAGCUCAUUGUUGAACGGACCUUUAAAAACAGAAACAUCUCUGGUGCAGCUCCACGUCCACACCUGAAGAUUCUUAAUGCCUCAGAGGACGGGGUGGUGCUGCAGUGUGAGGUUCUCAGGGCUUCUCCAAAGCCUAAGGUAGAGUGGCAGAGCAGUGAUGGAAGCAUCCUCCCUGCUGAGGAGCCACAUGUCUCAGAGAGAGGAGGACGCUACGACGUUACCCUCCGCACCACUGUGACCAAGACAACAACCAACCGCUUCCGCUGUGUAGCCACACAGGAGAACAUCGGCCAUGUGACUGACGAUGACAUCUAUGUACCAUUCUCUGAGAGUACCUGUGGGGACUCUGCCCACAACUGGAUCCCUGGAAUUCUUGUUGGACUCAUUAUUGGAGUUGUUCUCACUCUUGGAGUUGAGGGUCUACAUCUGGUUCUGUGUGGUGUUCCAAAGUUCAUCACAAGAUACAUUAAAAAAGGUGCUGGUCCACAGAUGAACGGUUCUUAUAACAGACAUUCAGUAACACUUAAUGAGUGUUAGCGUUACAUCUACAAAGAGUGUGUGUGUGUGUGUGUGUGUGUGUGUGUGUGUGUGUGUGUGUGUGUGUGUGUGUGUGUGUGUGUGUGUGUGUGAGACUAUACAAUCCUCUGCCUUCAGGAGAUGCUUUAUCAAACUUGUAAUGGUCAGUUGUUGGUUGGACUGACUGAGUGGUUUUGAUAAAAUACAUAUUACAGUUUUUAUACAGUCUGGACAGGACGUAUUUGGACAGUUACACAUAUGUUGUUCUUCAGGCUCUUCAGCAGAGUCAGUACCACUCUGUCACAGAAUCAACAAAGAUUUAACAAGUUUCAUUCAGGGGCUUUUUAUUACAGAGCUUUGUUUAAGCUCAGUAUAGAUUAACAUGUAUGUUGAGACUGAAUGACUUUUAUUACCACACUUUGCUUAGAAAACCAUGAUGUUUCUAAAUGCUCUUUGUAUUUCAUACGUAUUAUUUUCUCUCAUUUACUCGACUGUGGAGUCAACAUAGUACCCAAAUGAAAGAGAUAGAGCUGUGUAGAAGUCAGACAGGGUACUGAAUAAUGAGUUAACAAAACUUAAUGAAGUUAAUUUUAAAAAAGUUAUUUAUAUCUUAUUGGUUGACUCAAACCUAAAACUUAAGUUCCAAAAGAUCAGAGACUCAAACUAAAAGGGACCAUUACCUUAAAUAAUCAGUGUUAUUGCUGUUAAAUCUCAGGUUUAGAUUAAAAUCUCAGAAUGUAUUUUAUAGCUUGUAUGUUGUGCCUUAAAACAUCAGCAAAAACACAAAAUGCAGCUUGUGAGAUGAGGCAAUAAUACCUGAUGCUGUUUUACUCUUAAAAAUUGCUUAACAGCAUUUAUAUAAGCUGGUGAACAGGGAUUGAUGUUGAGGCCUGAAUAAAGACAAAGGACUGAGAUUUUAUCUGUUAUUUGGAUCUCAGACAUAAAAUCACAGUGGUUUUAGUUAGUGAAAAGCUUAACGAGCUAGUUAUAGGACUUCAGUGAGCCAAUACUUACUGUAAAUAUUUUCUGUAUAUAUAUUGUCUGUGAAUAUUUUUUUAGCUUAAACUUUAUGUAAAUAUAAUAUAAACAUAAACCUGUAUAUAUUAUAUUUUAUAUUUUAUAUUUUUAUAUGCUGCGGCCUGACAGUGAAAUGAUGUUUUCUCAUUCUCUCUUUGUUUUGAAUUCAUAUACUGUGUGUGUUGAUCUCUGGAUAUCAUUACAUAAACAAAUAUUUGUUUUGUCUGUUAUCAUGUAUGCAGUACCACAAGCUUAAAGUUACUCUGUGUUUCAAGUAUACAAGCAAAAGUUCUAUUACUAUAAUGCUUCUUGACAAAAUACACUGGGUUUGUUAUUAAGUUGUUAUGUAUGUGAUACAUAGGAAAUGAUUUCUUCAAAAGACAUUUGCUGUGGAUAUCAUUAUGGAAACAUCUGCAUUUCUUAGAGAUAUAGACAUAUAUCAGACAAAUAUGUGUCACUGCUGAUUUCUCACAGAGCUUGUUUGCUGCCGUCGUACCUGGCAGCUGCUGAAGCUGGCAGCUUUUAGUGUGUAAGGCAUGGGGAAACUGUUUUACCUAUUUCUUUCAGCCUUUUUUAUUUUUGAGAUAUUCAUUGUGCUUCAUCACAAUUCAUAAUGAUUUGCUUAUCAAAAUCAAUUUCUGUGUGUUGUAUGAAAGUGAUUUCUUUCCUGAGACAUUUGCAGAGUUGAAGUGAGUUGUGAAGUGAAGGGAACUGGUUUAACUUUGGAACAGAAUGUGGCUGAAUGGUGACCCAGUAGAUUUUAAAGUGAGACAUUUUAUAUGGGCAUUCCUGGAUUAGUGAGAUGAAUUUUUUAUAUGAUUUAUUUUACACUUUUCAAAACAUAAUGCUCAAGCCAAAUUGUGCCUGAUGUUCAAAGAAGCUUAAAGAUGAUAACGAGGACUUCUUUGUUGCAUUUGUCAUUUCAGCUGUUUAUUAAAAAUAAGAGAUUUCAAACAUGAUCAAAA